AUGAAGAGAGUUGGGGCAAGAUUAGCUAAAAUCCGUUCACAGGUGUUUGCUAAGCCUCUGUCCCCCCUCUGCCUCUACUUCAUCUAUUUCUUGACCUUCUCCAUUUUAGGGUUCUUGGCACUGAAGAUCUCGAAACCAAGAACCACAUCACGUCCUCAUGACUUGGACCUUUUCUUCACUUCUAUCUCCGCCCUCACCAUCUCUUCCAUGUCCACCAUCGACAUGGAAGUCUUCUCCAACACCCAACUUAUCUUCCUCACUAUCCUCAUGUUCCUCGGUGGAGAGGUCUUUACUUCCUUCCUCAAUCUCUACUUCUCCCAUUACACAAAAUUCGUCUACCCUCAUAACAAGGUUAAACACCUUACGGACUCUUUCGACUUGGACCGUCGGAUAGAAGAAUCCGAUAUUGACCUCGAGAAUGUUAUUGAUCAUCGGGAGGGUUCUAGCCAGAUGACUGAGAGGGCAUCUAAGUGCUUGUACUCAGUGGUUCUUGGUUACCAUCUCGUUACACACCUAGCCGGCUCCUUGUUGGUUCUUGUGUACGUAAGCUUUGUUAAAACGGCGAGAGAUGUUCUUAGUUCCAAGGAACUCUCACGUCUCACUUUCUCGGUGUUUUUGACUGUCUCCACAUUUGCAAACGGUGGGUUUGUCCCAAUGAAUGAGAACAUGAUCAUCUUUCGCAAGAACUCAGGCCUUCUUUGGCUCCUUAUCCCCCAAGGUCUGAUGGGAAACACUUUGUUCCCUUGCUUCUUGGUGCUAACCAUAUGGGGUCUUAGUAAGAUCACAAAGCGCGACGAGUUUGGUUAUAUUCUCAAGAACCACAAGAAGAUGGGAUACUAUCAUUUACUCUCCAUUCGUGUUUGUAUUCUUCUUGGAUUGACGGUGUUAGGGUUUAUUUUGUUGCAAUUUCUUCUCUUUUGCACUUUUGAGUGGAGUUCAGAGUCUCUUGAAGGAAUGAGUUGGUACGAGAAGUUGGUUGGAUCGUUGUUUCAAGUGGUGAAUUCGAGACAUACCGGAGAAACUAUUGUAGACAUCUCUACACUUUCCCCAGCUAUCUUGAUAUUCUUCAUUACAAUGAUGUUCCUUCCUCCGUAUACAUUGUUUACGCCGUUGACCGAAGAAAAUAAUAAAAAAGAUGAAGAGGAUGGUUCCGGAAAUGGAAACAAACGGAAAGGGAGUGGCUUCUUCGUGUCACAACUUUCCUUUUUAGUAAUAUGCAUCUUUCUUGUUUCCAUCGUCGAAGAAGAAAAACUACGACGAGAUCCACUCAACUUUAACAUCCUUAACAUCACUCUCGAAGUUAUCAGUGCAUAUGGAAACGUGGGGUUCACGACCGGGUACAGCUGCAAACGGCUGCUGGACGCUAGCCAUGGUGUCUGCAAAGACGCGAGUUACGGUUUUGUGGGACGGUGGAGUCCCACUGGGAAAAUUAUACUCAUAAUAGUAAUGUUGUAUGGUAGGUUUAAGCACUUUACGGCCAAAUCUGGCCGGGCAUGGAUUCUAUAUCCUUCUUCUUUCUAAUAACAUGUAUAUAAAAAACAAUUCCCCUUUUCGUAAUAUACUUACUGUAACUAAUGUGCUUCCCUUUUU